AAAGGAGACAGAGCGAAAAAAAGAAAGAGGCAAAAGGAAUCAAAAUCUAUCGACCAGAAUAUGAUCCGUUGCCAAUAACCUCACCAUGGGCGUCGAUUCCCGCCGACCGAUCUUACCCGCCCCCACUGAAUCCAUCGUCGCCAGCACCACCGCCACGGACUUGGCCACUGACCUCUCUCGCCGCACAGACAAGACCUCUUACUCCAUCCCAGACGACGGUAGCCCCGUCACCAUCCCCACCCCCGCCCGACGCCGUUCCUCCCGCGGGAACCACGACGCCAAACUGUCCUCCGCCGCCCAGCAUCACUCCCAGACCUCCCUGCUCAUCGAGUACUUCGAGGGCGGGAAGGGCUCGGGCUCGCUCGUCUCCCGUCCCAGUGUCCGCGUCCGCGUCACCCCCUCCUCCGGUCGCAAGGCCAAGGAUCACCACGAGCACAACAUCCAGAUCUCCGAGGCCGGCUCCGGCGCCCGCCAGCCCACUUACACUCGCCGCAUCUCCUUCUCCUCCCCGUCUCGGCACAAGGCGCCCCCGGCCGUCGUCGAUGACCAGAGUGUCACCUCCUCCGCCUCCGCAACCGAUGACCCCUCGUCUCGCGCCCAUCCGAAUCCCCCCGUCGAGAUCGAGCUCAUGGAUCGUGACCCCGGCAGCGAGCUCUCCACCCGCUCCCGCUACGUCCACCUCCCCUCCGACAUCUCCUCCAUGCCCGCCGACAGCAUGAUCGAUUCCUCCUCCGCCGUCCGGCGCAAACGGAGCACCAGCAUGGACCGCGACCCGGAGCCCAGCGCCGGCGAGUAUCUCAAGACCCCCUCCCGCCGGAGGAGUCGGAGUCUGAGCCACGAGCGCAUCGCCCAUCGCGUGGCCGAGAAACUCAGCAGCGAGCCACGCGAGGCCGCCCCCGGGGCAAGACCCACCGCCACCACCGGACACGGACCGCCCGGCGCGACCCGGCCGAUCGCCAUGUCGGCCGACGACGAGAUGAGUCCCGUGUCCAGCCUGCUCAGCACCUCGGGCGUCUCGUCCCACCGGAAAUCCGGGGACCAGUACUCCUUCCGGUCGGGCACCUCCAAAUCCUCCAUCAACAACCCCAAGCUCCUCGAGACCGUCGAGGACGCCAUCCGCCGCCUGAUCCUGCCCGAGCUCAAGGAGCUCAAGAAGGACCAGCGCGUCGCCUCCAACUCCUCCAAGUUUGACCGCGACAUGAGCGCCUCUUAUUCGUCCGCAGGAGGCGGUACGGAGCUCGGUCGCCGCCUCUCCAAGCACGCCAGUGCCCCGGACGUCCGGAAGCCCACCGUCGUCCUCCAUGGCGACGACGGCCCGGAGGAAGGCAUCGUCCUCGCCGAGGAUUCCGGUUCCUCGUCCCAGCGGGAUCGCCGGGCCAGUCGGGACAGCGACAUGACGGUGGACGGGAACCCCGUCAAGUGGGGCCUGCGCCCGGAUCUGACGGAGCAGGACAAGCUGCGGCGCCAGCGGAGCAAGGGCCUGCGGGACGCCGAGAAGGCCGGCCGCGUGGGCAGCGCCCUGACCGCCGCCGCCCUCCGCCACCACGACUCGCGCUCCAGCCUCGACCGGGAGGAAGAGGAGGAGGGGGGCACCCGACGCAUGAGUGGCUCGCGCAAUCGGACCGGCAGCGGCAACGAGACCGAGCUGCUCUUCCGAAAGCACAAUGUCGCCCCCAUGCCGCUGCGCAGCGCCAUCGAGUCGGACCUGACACGCGACUCCCUCCUCUCAGAGCGGACGGCAGAGCCCGCGGGGCGGCACGACCUCGGGCUUCAUCACAGCAACCUGUCCAGCCACAACCUGUCGAUCCACAGCGUCUCCGACCAAGACCCGCACGACCACCACGGCGCGCCUUCCCCUGUGGGCGAGGCGGCCGCGGGGGCUAUCGCUGCCGCCGCCGCCGCCAACCUGCUCGAGGGGGCCGACGCCGACCGCGACGCCCGCCGUCGCACCCUCAGCCCCAUCCAGAGCGUGGCCAGCGACCGCAGCGCCUCCCUCCGACGGGGUCCGAUCGACCAGGCCGUCGAGCCGCGUCUCUCCAUUGACUCGCUCUCCUCGGCCCCGAGCACCAACCUCGCCCGGUCCACGCGCCAGGCCAACUCCAGCGUCGCCAGCCAGGCCGAGCUGCGGAAAAACUACACGGACCGCGGCCCGGAGCUGGGGUACGAGGAGUCCUCGGGCCUCUCGCCGCGUGAGCACCCGUGGCCGACGUUUGCCGGCGGGGACGACGUCGAUCCUCGGUACUCCCAGGCGGAGACCGUGAGCACUGAUGGGAAGCGGUGGACCGCCGACUACACCGACGACAGUGAGGUUAACUACCUAGAGAAGGCCCACCAGGCGCGCCCGGUGGCGCCGGGGUCCGGCACAAGCCCCCAGUUUGUCCAGCCCAUUGCGGUCGAGUCUGCGGUGGCGUCGCUCCUUGACCCCUCGAUCCUCGACCCCUCGCUCGUGGAUACCAAAUCCAACCCGUCGGGCGUCAGCCGCUCCCAGGGACACCUUGCCCCGUCCCCGGAGCGGGUCGAUCCGGCCACGGGGUCCCGUCAGGGGAGUCCCCUGAAGCAGCAGCAGGACGCGACAAGUCCGGACGCCACCUCGUUCCCAAGACGCAUGGGCGCCAGCUCCCCGCCGCAAAGUGUCACGCAGUCCCUCGAGGACCCCCACGGCUACGCCGACGACCUCCACACCCGCAGCCCCAGCCCCGAAGAAGAUACGCGGAGCCCGGACCUGGAGUCGGAGAUCAACACCAACCCGUCCAUCAUCCAGGGCCCCGCGGCUCCCCACGAAAAUCAUUGGUACGGCCCAACGGACCCUACGGGCCAUCAGUCACCCCUCGACCAGACGGGAGCCGCCGGUCUCGAUUACGGUCAGGAUGAUUACUCCCCGACCGGCUACAGUCCGAACGGCUUCUAUGACCGUUACCCCCGGGACCAGCUGUUUGGCACCCCCCUGGGGGCGAAGGACGAGGGAUACGUGUCGGCCGCCAACCCGCGGUCCCCGGGAGCCGAUACCCCAGAACCCCUCAACAAAGGGUUCGACAUGGACAGCGGCGCCAUGGGUCUCUUCGACGCGGGACCUGACUCGUUCGCACCUGGUCACCACCGACAGCUGAGUGGCUACUCCCACGGUGCCGGGUCGCCUCUGUAUGACAGCGCGACCGGCCGGGGGAUCGAGCGAAUCCAGUCUAAGGAUAUCGUAGCGCUCAUGGAUCAUCUCACCGUCCGCGAUGCGCAGCGGAACGCUCGCGACACGGAGAUUCUCAUGACCCUGGUCCAGAGCGCCACCGAGAUGCGAAAUUCGUUCGAGGGCAUGAAGAAGUUCAUCGCGCAACAGGAUGGACUGGUCAUGGAGGCGAAUGAAAAGCAGCACGAGCGCACGUAUCGGGCGGUCGGUGGGCCGCGCCCAUUGCCGGUCAGCACCCGGCCACGGACCGCCGCGGACCCGGAGGACCUGCGUUCGAAGCGCAUGAACGUCUUCAAGCGCGCAAUGAAGGGGCUGCACCUCAAGUCCGGCAACGACCUGGGCAAGAUUGAAGAUAUGCUGGAGCAGCUUCUCGAUGAGGUGGAGGCCCUGCGGUAUGGGGACGACCACAUGGCGCGGAGCCAGCGGACAGGUAGCGUGGACCCGGAGGGCUACGAGCCGGAAGGGCACGCGGGGACGACCUCGUCGGAGAACCACUCCGGCUACCUCUCCAUGUUCUCGCGGCCGGCGGACGGUCGGGGCCCCGGUCCGGCCGACCAGCGCGUCAGCACAGUGCCAGAGGCGGACGAGCCGGUGGACGGCGAUGCACGGGCCGGAGCGGCCCGGGUCGGAGCCCACAGCGGCGACGACCCCGCCGCGGGGCCGGUGGCCUCGGGGGCGUUGAGCACGGAGCACACGCCCAAGUCGACGGAGAAGGCGCGCAAGCACAAGUCCAGCAGCUCGUCGUUCUUUCCCAAGAUCUCGCGGUGGUCCAAGACGACGGCGUCGUCCAUGGGCGACAACAUCCGCAAUAGCAUCCAACCAGCGCGGAAGGAGCGGGGCGGCUCGUUCGAGGCGUCGCCGUCAGGGUCAGACCUGGGACGGGGGUCGUACGACGCCGCGGGGGAUGACCGAAUGCGGACGAGUUACAGCCUAGACGAGAACCGACCGCCGUCGCCGCUAGUCCCGUCGCAGGUAUCAGAGGCACCGAAGUACCGGGCCCACCGCGACAGCCUAGAUAUGCAGCACCCGCAGCCGCGGCAGGGGCCCACAGGACGAUACCAGACACAGCUGGAGACGCAAGCACAGGUAUACGAUACGCCAGCCGAACCAUGGGGCUCAGUAGGCAGCGCGAACCAGCGCUACAGCGGCGGCAGCCGACUAUCACCCAUCUCAGAUGUGUACUCAGAGGGAGCGAGCUCGCGGGCAGGGCCGCCGCGCCCACCCAAGGUCAAAGACGAGGGUCCAUUGAUCCCAGAGCGGCCGCCCAAGGUGUCAGAGGGGAGCGACGAGCGGUCGUAUGUGGAACGGGUGCAGGUAUUUCUUUUUCUACACGGGUGGCGGAAGAAGAGGGGCUAACGGGGAG